AUUCGUCGAAUCUAGCUGCCCGGUGUCCGGGUAAGAUGGCGGCGGAAGAGCAGUGCUCGGCACCACCUCGAUGGAAGUCGAUAUCUUUAACGCACGUAGAGUAUCCAGCUGGUGAUCUGGCAGGGCAGAUCCUGGCAUAUGCCAGCCUGCUGCCGAUGGCGAUCCUGGUUGGCUUUGUCACGCUCAUCGUCUUCAAGAGAGAGCUGCAUACGAUCUCGUUCUUUGGCGGUUUGGUGAUGAACGAGGGGCUAAACUGGUUGCUGAAGCACAUCCUACAGGAGCCCCGCCCAUGUGGAGGAGGCCACACGACAGUAACCACAGAGUACGGCAUGCCGUCCAGCCACUCGCAGUUCAUCUGGUUCUUUGUCGUUUACUUUUUCCUCUUUCUUUAUUUAAGAAUGCACCAGACAAACAAUGCCAGGUGUGUGGAGUUGUUAUGGAGACACGUGCUGUCGAUCAUCCUACUGGGCGUGGCUUUGUCGGUGUCGUACAGCAGAGUUUACCUUCUCUACCACACCUGGAGUCAGGUGAUAUACGGGGGUGUAGCUGGAAUGGUGGUCGGCGUGGUCUGGUUUUUCAUAACGCAGGAAGUGCUGACGCCGAUCUUUCCCAAGAUAGCAGCCUGGCCCAUAUCAGAGUUUUUCCUAGUGAGGGAUACGAGUCUCAUUCCUAAUAUUCUGUGGUUCGAGUACACGGUGACCAGAUCAGAAGCCAGAAACAGACAACGAAAGCUGGGAACAAAACUCCAGUGAUCCGCACUCACGGCUUCUUCAAACUGACAAAAAAAAGAGAAAAGGACCACAAAAAUGCACACACACUCUCAUUCAUACACACACACACACACACACACACACACACACACACUCCUACAUUCUAACACACUGGAGAUUGAACGUCUGAACUGUCCGGGUUGAGGCUUUCCGUUUUCAGGCGGACCAAAAAUGAGAGUUCAAUCGAGAGGUCAAAGGGGCGGGGCCUGCGUAGGGGAUCAACCCUCUCCUCUCGUCAUCUCUUUCCGAUGCAUGCUGACCGUGCAAGAGGCGAAGCUAUUUAACAAGAAACGUAAUAUAUAUAUAUAUUUUAACCAUUAACGCACGAGGGUACCUGGUUUAAAAUGGGAGUGAGGGAAAAAGAAAUUUUUUUUUUCUUUUUAAGUGACAUAUAGCUGGUUUUUGUUACAGCAUGACAUUUUUUUUUCCUUUUAGAAACUGUGUAAUGGGGAACAUAUUUGGGUAGGGAUUUGUAGCAGAAAAGGAAAGAAGUGAAGGGGGAAAUGUAAUUUUUUUUUUUUUUUUUUUUUUUUUUUUUUUUAAAUGGGCCCCCAGAUUCUUAUAUUUUGGAAACGACUUUCCAUAUUCUGGUAAUAUGUAAUAUCAAGUAAAAUAAUUUGCACUUUGAAGCAGAAUGGAAAAAGAAACAUUGUAUUCUUACUUAACACUAGUUAACAUCAGAGGAAAUGAACUUUUAAUUUGCUUCCUUCUUCGUCCCGUCAUGAUUUUCAUUGCUGUAAUGUAAAACUUCCCAUGCAGAUCACUUAAAAUGAUUGGUCCACUUUCACACGAAGAGCUCUUAUUGGUCAGAAAAGUGUAUACAAUUAUUAUUAUUUAUUUUUUAUUUUUAAUUAUUUUUUUUGAUCAUUAGGUUGUGUUCCGCAUACGUUUGCCUUCGGAAGCAUUUCUGUUUUCUCUACCUUUAAAACAUCGACAGCCGAGUUGAUCACGAGCCACUGAGCUGAAGCAGGUGUCUUCGAAUCUCCUAGUUCUGGGAUUGAGAACUGUUCCGUAUUUUAUGCCCCGUAUGUUUUAAAAGGUACUUUUAUUGUCGUCGGGGACUUUCCCUCCAAAAAGUAAUAUUAAUAAAAGUUUACCUGGCCAUUUAGCAGCUUUGUUUCACUCCAGGGAAGCGAAACUGCGUAACUCUACAACUAUAAUCCUCAUCCGUAAUCGAGCAGGUACACUGUGAGCGCCUGCACAGGGACAAAAUUCCAUGGUUUACACUGCAAUAUGUUCAGAUGCUGUUUAAAUAGAGCAUUUUUUUUUCUUUCUUUCUUUCUUCUUUUUCUUUCUUUACUGAAGACUGUACAUUUUAGACGUACAGGAUAAACGAUCUUAAAGAAAAACAAUAAGGAAACUCGACCAACUCCGAGCUCGAAGGACUUUUAAUUAAGAGGUGUGAAUUUGGGGGCAUCAAAAACGAUAUGCCUAAAAGAUUUAUUUCUCCAAACUUGUAAAUGAUCCUAUACUUUGGAUGAGAAGUGUGGAGGGAAAUAUGGAACGAUUUCCUAAAUUAUCUGUGCAUUAUUGGAGUUUCUCCAGCAGACAGGGGUCAGGAAUUUUGGGACAACAGUGACUGGGCAGUAACUUAUUCCCUCCGUUUUUCUCAUCUGAUGGACACUAAGCCACCAAUCCUAAAACGUUCCACUUUUUUCGGUAGCAUUAAAAAGUAAAAUCUUUCAAGACCAUCAGGUGAACCGUUUAGCAUGUGGUGGUGAUGGCGAUGCUGCUCUAUAGCUACUAUUCCUACAAAGAAUGUGCCCGUGAUGCGAUGACCAUAAGUCGAAGGGUCAUUACAGAAUAGUGCUUCUUCUAGAUUUUUCUUUCUUUUAAUUUUUUUUUUUUUUUUUGUGUAAUUCAUAUCAGGCUGAAUAAACUGGAUUUAGUAGAGUA